AUGCAACGAUAUGAAGAACCAUCUACAAAAUCGUCAUCAGAGAAGCGCAAGGUCGCUGCUGCGUUGGGCUCGAAAAACGGCAAGGCUAGUGGCAAUGGCGAUGGCGAGGAUGAUCAACUUGAGGACGAUGAUGGAGGUGAUGAGGGUGAUGAUAGUGAUACAUAUGCGUCGCUUGGCACACCAAACAAAAAGAAAUCGAGGCUCACUGAAUCUCCUACUAUUCGACGGGCAGGGUUUGGAUCAAGAAAGGAAGAGGAAGAGAUGGGUGGAGGAUAUCAUGAGGAGGAGGAAGAAGUAGAUGAGUUGGAAGAAGGUGGCGAGGAAGAAGUGGAUGAGUUGGAAGGCGAAAAUGAUGAGACAAUGUCAGAUGGGGAUAUAGGCGAUAUUGGACCAGUGUCAAAUAUGUCCUCUCAAACCGAACCCACAACCACAAUCACAACGAAUUCAUCAAUUCCUAUUACUUCGACAUACAUUGGCGCGAGUGUCCCCCAUCAAGAAAGAGCAGAGUCGGAACUAGUUGAGAUUGAGGACUCAGAUAUGAAUAUGGACUCAACAGCAAUAGAGCCAAGUUCUAAGUAG